AUGAGCUGCUUCCUGACACUCGGCCCUGUGGGAUUCGGUGGAUUUGGGAUCAUGUAUCUAGGAAAGGUAUCGUUAAAUGCCUUUGGGGGCAACAAUAGUUUUCAUCCCUUGGCCGGGGAUAUUGCCUAUAUCUUAGGCAUCAUGGUGGCUCUUGCACUAUGGGGCUUCAGUCUGCUAUGGCUUACAUUCGCGUUCAGCACUGUGAUUCGUUGUUGGCCCAUCCCUUUUAACAUGAGCUGGUGGGCAACUACGUUUCCAUUUGGCGUGUUCUGUGUCAACACAAUUCAGAUCGGCGUUGAGCUGUCGUCAAUGUUCUUCAAGGUUAUAGGCACGCUAUUUAGUGUUGUCACUAUAUUUUUCUGGGUAGUUACUACAGUGGGAACAAUUCGUGAGAUUCGACGAGGUCAUAUAUUCCAUAUCCCAUACCUGGACGAUUUCUUUGCAGACGAGGAUAAUGAAGUUGUGGAUCUUGAUACACUAUCAUGUUCUAAUUCUACAUGA